AAAGCGGAGUUACUAAAUACAGUUUUCCAUGAUUCCUUCGUGCAAGAAGAUGAAGUAAAUAUUCCAGAAUUUGAAACCAGAACAGCUGUUAGCAUGAGUGACAUAAAAGUCCGAAUUAAAUUACGAGAGCCUCAUGCAAUGGAAGACAAACAUCAUCAUCUGAAGCAACGUAGAAGAACUUCAGACACAGAACGAUCACACAGCAAACUUUCUGUUAGAUCCUUAUCAAGAAGUUCUCAGGAAAGAGAAAAGUCUGACUCAUUACUGCAAGUACUUCGUGGAGUAAGCUUUGGAAAUGCCACUACAAUUGGGAGAUCAUCUUUGGUGGAUGUUAAAGGACCAUUCCGCUCUUCAAGAGAUAGGCCUCCAACUCCAGUGCCAUCAGUUGAACAUCUUGCCCAAGAAGUUUUUAAGGAUCCACCAGAAGAGGAAGAGGAAGAUGAAAGUGAAAUUAAGGGAAAACCAGAUUAUCAUAAAUUAAAACUGGAGAGACAAUUUGCUGCUCUCUCAAGACGUUUAAUAAAAUCUGUUGUAAACAAGAUAGAAGCAUGUGAUCUAAGACGAAAAAUUAUGAAGCCUCCAUUGCCAGAUUUCAAGAAAUAUCAUGUUAUCAACAAGCUGGCAGAGAGAAUUUUAGAAGAUGAAACUCGAAUUAGUACAGACUCAGAUGAAUUUCAAGAUGCCGUGACAGUCAUAAUUCAAGAAGUUAUCAAGUUAUACCAGCAACAAGAAAGUCAUGUCAAUAAAUUAUAGGUUUUGAUGGCUCUUCUCUCCUGGAGGCACCAGUAACGACAGAUUCCAUGUGCCAUUACAUGGAUUUUGUGCAAAAUCUUUUGUAUAACAACAUAUUUGUUUAGUUGCACCAAUGAGAAAACAUAUUGGAAAAGUUUUCAUGAAAUUUAAAAUUAAGCAUUCACUUGUUUGAAGAAGGGAAA